UGAGAGUAUUGAACAAAUGUUGAACAAUUGAUUAGGCGGAAUAGCUCAUUGAUAAAGAAAUCCACGCGAAUUAGCUAAAAUGCGAAACCUGCGAGCCCGGAAACGCCCCUGUGUAACCGUCGCUUGUGCAGAGUUUCGUGAAGUUUAUCCAAUCUUCGUCAAAAGCUUUCGUUGAAAGUUCCGCUUCGAUAUCUGUCAAGGAAUUGGUUUGUUUACAACCGCUGAGAUAAAAAAAAAUCCGGAUUUUUUUUGGACCGAGUGCAAGUAUAAAAUGCCUUAAAUUAAUCUUGCAGGAAAGUAAAAUUAGUUAAAACAAGGCUCACACCGAAAAACUACCCUGAUGAAUUCGUCCUGGAUCCUGCCAAAGCGUUACAAACGAAGAAUAUGUGUUGGUUUUCUGGUUUCUUUUCUGCUGUGGACCUUAUACCAAAUAUCGUCGAACCAGCCCGUUCACAGCUGCUUCCAGGUGAUACCGGGUGAUGGUCAGGAACUACUGGAGGACGUACAGCAGGCCAGCGUGCAGCCUAGCUCAGACGGACGAAACAUUUUCUUUCACGAGACAUCCUGCUCGGCGGACGGACUCGUCCGCCUGACGGCACGGCAGGCGUGUGCGAUCGAGUCAGCUGCCCGGGCCAAUUCGGAUUGGAACAUCUUCGUACUGUUCGCCGCACCCGUCGGAUUUAGAUCUAAUAACAGCAUCAGCAUCAGCACCAGCACCGGUGGCACGUUACCGGCAACCAUCGAAUCGCUUCUUGAAUACCGCAACGUGCAUUGGCGUUUCGUAAACCUUACGACGUACGCCAACGGUACACCGCUCGAAGAGUGGAUGCAGAGUGGAGAGAUCUACCGGUCGCACUACAUGAACUCCCAUCUUUCCGAUGUGAUGCGAUACCUAACGCUGUUCAAAUACGGCGGAACCUAUCUGGAUCUGGAUGUCAUCGUGAAGAGGCCAUUCGGUCCACUCGAGCCAAACUACGCCGGAGCGGAAUCGGUUCGGUGGGUUGCAGCUGGUGUGAUGAACUUCGAGACCACGGGACACGGCCAUGAGCUGGCUGAGAUGUGUGUACGGGAUUUGUUGGCCAACUUUAAUGGUAAGGAUUGGGGCAACAAUGGCCCCGGCGUGAUAACGAGGGUGCUGCAGAAGUACUGUGAUGCCCGGACAACCGUUCGUAUGACGCGCGAACGGUGCAGACACUUUACCGUGUACCCACCCAAAGCCUUCUACGCCAUCGGUUUCGAUGAUUAUAAGCAUUUUUUCGAAGAGUCCUAUCUCGAGCAUGCGCUUGCUACUCUUAAUCAGUCGAUCGUGGUGCACGUCUGGAACAAGUUUAGUAAAUCUCAUCCAGUAAUCGUUGGAUCACGCGUAGCGUAUGGUGUACUGGCUGAUCAGUACUGUCCCAAAGUGUACCGCUCGUGCGGUACUCCAACGCCAACGCAGCCACUCGCGAACCUGUUCACGGACCUAAAUAGACCAAUGGAGUCCGUUCUUCCGCAAACGUUCCUUCCCAUGGACAAUCUCGUAUCACACGAUUCCGCGGAACGCAAUCGGCAGGAUACAUACACAUCAACAACAGUAACGAAACCAACGACACCAACGACUCCUACGACAUCGACGACUCCAACGACACCAACGACACCAACGACACCAACGACACCAACGACUCCAACGACACCAACGACACCAACGACACCAACGACUCCAACGACUCCAACGACGGCCAAACCCAAUCAAAACUGCUUCCAGCGGUUGCCGAGCGAUGGCCGGAAGCUGCUGGACGAUGUACAGCACGCCACUAUACAGCCUAACAAAGACGGACGGAACAUAUUCUUUCACGAAACAUCCUGCUCAUCCGAUGGACAAGUCCGUCUCACUGCACGGCAGGCAUGUGCGAUCGAGUCAGCUGCCCGGGCCAAUCCGGAUUGGAACAUCUUUGUACUGUUCGCCGCACCCGUUGGAUUUGGGGCUAAUAACAGCAUCAGCACCAACAACGGAACCACAUUAUCAUCGAACAUUCCACCCCUGCUCGAGUUCCGCAAUGUGCAUAUGCGUUUCGUAAAUCUUACGACAUACGCCAACGGUACGCCACUCGAAGAGUGGAUGCAGCGUGGACUGGUUUUCAAAUCGGACUACAUGAACUCCCAUCUUUCCGAUGUGAUGCGAUACCUAACGCUGUUCAAAUAUGGCGGAACCUAUCUGGAUCUGGAUGUCAUCGUGCAGAAACCAUUUGGCCCACUCGAACCAAACUACGCCGGAGCGGAAUCUGAUAUUUGUGUUGCAGCUGGAGUGAUGAACUUCGAGCCCACGGGAAAAGGCCACGAAGUGGCCGAGUUGUGUGUACGACAUUUGUUGGCUCAUUUUGAUGGUAAGGUUUGGAAUGCCAAUGGUCCUGAUGUGAUAACACUCGUGCUGCAAAAGUACUGUGAGGUGCAGAAUACGACUCGUAUGACACGCGAACGGUGCCGACACUUCACGGUGCACCCACCCAAAACCUUCUACUCGAUCUUUUACCCUUCGUAUAAACUAUUGGUCGAAGAACAGUUUUUCGACGAAGCGAUGGCUAAGGUCAAUGGAUCGAUCGUGGUACACGCGUGGAACAAGCUUACCUAUUCCUGGCCUGUUAAGUUUGCAGCACCGAAACCCGGAAUCCUAAUAACGUACCGUCCAACGGACGAACUGGCGAAGCACAGCAACGUGUACUUUAUCGAAACAUCAGCACCCUUCGAUUCGUCGGUCUGGUUGGAUGCGCGUCAUGCAUGUGCCAUCGAGUCGGCGGCUCGGGCCAAUCCCACAAAGAAUAUCGUCGUGUUACUUGCCACCUGGGACGACUUUACCGAUGUUGAACAGCUACAUGUGCCGGACAUUGUCUCCUUGCGCCGGUACAGGAAUGUGUAUUUUAGGCGACUGGCGCUGGCCCAGUUAGCGAAGGAUGCUGAGAUCGAGGAGCUUCUUAAAUCAAAAGAGCUCUAUCAACGAGAUAACGGUGCCGCCUACCUAUCGGAGCUGUUGCGUCUAGCGGUGCUAUUCCUAUACGGUGGCAUCUAUCUGGAUCUAGACGUAGUUACACUAAAGCCGCUAGAGUUUGAAAAUUCCAACUUCUUCGGCAUCGAAACAUUGUACUUCGCUGGCUCGUCAGUGAUGGGAAUGCAGAAAAGUGGUUAUGGCCAUACGUUUGCAUACAGCUGUCUCAAAGACUUUCAAUUCUUCCACAAGAAGAACCAGGUUGACAAUGGAUCGAUUGUGGUCACCUAUAAACUGUUGCACGCGUGCAAUGUGAAUUUUGUGCAAGACAUCUUGACCGACGGAUGCGGAGACCGAUUGAAAGUGUACCCACGCCACGUGUUUCAUCCAUUCGAUAACAACACCGUGCCGCUGCUGUUCGAUCCGGACCGUUUGCUGGAAGUUAAGGAUAUAAUUGCCGAUUCUGUUACCGUUCAUUUGCGUCAUCAGCAAAGUCAGAAUAUACGGUCGCCAAAAACCGGUGAAACGGGUUACAACAUGAUUGCCCGCAAGUACUGUCCAAAUGUUUACGCCAAAAAUCGUGAAAAUUUAUAGGCUACAA